GCGCGGGCGGACGGGGACCUCCACCUCCACUCGCGCAGCACAUAUUCCCGUCACCACCAUCGCCAUGGCUAGUAACCACGCGUGAGUGAGUGGGCUUGUCGAUCGAUCGAUCGAUCCCCUUUUGAUUUCUUCCUUUUCUCCUCCCCUCGUGCGUGUGAAUCCUCAGCUUUAUAGGUUCAUCAUCACCCAGCUCCGUCUGCUAGCUGCCAUGGUUUCCACUCCUAGCUCAGCUUCCCCAUCUCCUAGCACCAGCACUGGUGCUCCCGAAUAAAAUAAUUGCAAAGGCACCAGUGGGAGUACCUGAAGCCCCAAAAAUUAUGGUUGCUGCGCUGUUGGCCUUCGCCUGACCUAGUUUGCAUUUCCAUAUAUAGCAAAACCACCCUCGUCUUUCUCCCUAGACCGCCCGGCAGACCACGCUCACACACUUCUCCCACCAGGUCUCAGCUCAGCUCAGCUCAGUUCUCCUGGUAUCAUAUAGCUUAUCGCAAAUAUCAUAUCGUGCCACCGUGUGACGGCCACCAGGCGUCUCGUUUGCUCCUACAAAUACCGGGCCGGCGCGCGGGCGGGAUGGACGACUCGCCGACUCAGGCGGCGGCCAACCUGUCGCUGACUCUGGCGCCGGCGCCGGGGAGCGCGGGCGCGGUGGGGGGAGUAGAAGGAGGAGGGGGAGGGGGCGGCGGUGGUCGAGCGACGGCGUGCGUCGACGGCAAGGACGUGCGCCUCUUCCCCUGCCUCUUCUGCAACAAGAAGUUCCUCAAGUCGCAGGCGCUGGGGGGCCACCAGAACGCGCACAAGAAGGAGCGGAGCAUCGGCUGGAACCCCUACUUCUACAUGGCGCCGCAGCCGCCCAAUGCCGCGCCGCCGAGCCCCACGGGCUACGCCGGGGUCGCGGGCGCGGGCGGCCUCCCCGCGCCGCACGCGUACGCGGCGGCGGGCCACGGGUACGCCGCCCCCGUGCCGGCGCCGUUCCCCAUCGCCUCUCACAGCUCCAGCGCCGGCGGGCUGCAGUACUACGACGGCGCGGCGGCGGCGGCUGCGGCCGCGGCCUCGGUGUCGGCGGGCGAGGGUGGCGUGGUGGCCCCGCGCGCGCGCUUCGCCACGCACCAGCCGGUCCUGGCGGUGUCGGCGUCGGCGGAGGAAGACCCGCCCGGCGCCGGGCGCGACGACCUGAUCGACAUGCUCAACUGGAGGAGGGGCUCCCACGGCCCCACCGCCUCUGCAGCCGCCACCACCGCCUCGCCGGCCAGCACCACCACCACGCUCACCACCUCCGGCGCCGGCGCCGCCGACGGCAGCACCGGCAACAACGACGACGGCGGCGGGGAGCUCGACCUCAACCUCAGCCUCUAGCAGAGCCUGCUCGCCCCCACUAGGUUAAUCGUGUACCGGCCUAUCCGUAAGCCACGCGUGUCGACUUAAUUAGCUCCUAGGCACGUUAAUCUCCCUCCCUCCCUCCCUCUCUCUCUCUCUGUACUCUCUCUCCUCUCCCCUGUAUGUUAGUACGCCUCGUCAUCUCCUGUCCUUUUUGCCAUGUCCUGAAUUGUUCAUCGUCUUCUUUUCUUUCUCUUC